CUCCGCAGAAGAAGAACGGCGCUUUCCUCAUGACGUCACUGCGAGACAUGGCCGAAAACGAUGCGACUUGAAAAACAACAAUGAUUUGUCGUUUCACUUGUCUUUCUGUGGCACUCCAACGGCAACGAUGAUUUCGCUGAACUAUAUUUUGCUGUGCGGCCAAUUCUUUUUGCUGCUGACGGUGAUGCUGCUGCAAUGUUUGGAAGGCAUCCACUCCCAGAACUCGACGACGGCGGAGACGGCGUCUGUUCCGCCCGGACUGGGCUCCACGGCGCUGCCUUUCAGCGAGCAACCUCUCGAGACGGUGAAGUACGAGAUGGCCACAGAGAACGAGAGCUCACCGGAUCCGUACGAGUACAGACCUCCUUCUCCCGUCGUCCAAUGCGAGUACCUGCCUGAGGAGUUCAUCUACUGCCAGGACCCCGUGGAUCACGCAGGAAACCACAGCGCCUUCCUGGACAUGGGUCACGGCUGUGUUGGGUGGGGCGGACAGACCGUGAAGGACGUCAACCACACUGAAGUUUUAUGCACAGCACUGGAGGGAAUUGAGUGUGCAGGACGAAGAGAGUUCUACCGUGGGAAUGUCCCCUGUAUCAAAUACACGGGACACUACUUCAUCACCACACUUCUCUACUCCUUCUUCCUGGGAUGUUUUGGGGUGGACCGCUUCUGCCUCGGUCACACGGGGACUGCCGUGGGGAAGCUGCUCACUCUGGGUGGUCUGGGAAUCUGGUGGUUCGUAGACCUGAUCCUCCUGAUCACCGGAGGCCUGAUGCCCAGCGACUACAGUAACUGGUGCACGUACUACUGAACAGGGGAGCGACAAGACUGUGGACUCAAGUUACCGCUCGGUCAGGUGACAGAUGAGGCUUUGCCUUUGCUUCUCUGGUGAGGGAUGAGAGACAGUUUUUCCAAAACCCUGAUUCAUGAGCUCUUUUUCUCGUCAGAUGCCACAUGUAAAAUCCUCUGAGCUUAGUAGUUGACACACACGUUGAAGCAUUAUUGUUCUAUUUAUUGUGUAUAUGCUGAUUAAAAGCCCUCUAGCUGCUUCUCCUCUGAAGCGUCACCAGUCAACACACCUCACAUCUGACACUUUAUUUCACAGGCCUCCUAGAUUCUGAACACAAUUUAUACACUGGUCUGGGAUCUGCUGAUGUUUCUGGAUUUUUUAAAAAGGCUAAAAUAGUGACAUUUAUUUGUCCUCUACGUCCAGGGUCAUCAAUCAUUUUUAUUGGAAAGUCUGUCAUUAAAUUCUCUUUUUUUUCCUCUUCAUUGCAGUCUUCCUAUGUGCUUUUUUAAUAAGUGUUCAGUUUUUGAUGGCAACAUAUUCCAACAAUUUUCAAGCCUGAUUGUUGUCACUCUUUAUACAGUCGUCACUCAUUGUCACUCAAGCCGUUUCCAUGGUGCAGGGGUGGAUAGUUACAUUCCCGAAGGUGCCACAUUAUGUACAGCAACUGUUGUCAGGGGCUGUCAGGCCAAAAGACCGAAGGGUAAAGUCCGUAAUUUAACAUAUACAUAUGUGUUUAAGGUAUUGUAAAUGAAGUAGAAAAUAUGCCACGACUGUGUGUGAUUCAGAUGGGUCAUUUGCUUGUGUUUCAUUUGAUGUACAUGUUGUAUAAAGACUCUCAACAAAAAUCCCAAUACUGUAUUUUUAAGUGGUGAAUAUCCUGGUUUGUGAACGAAUAAAUAAUAUAUAAAUAUAA